AUGCAUCCUGACCAGAAAAAGACAAUAAAAGAAAAGAGUGAGGCGCGCAAAAAAAUUUACAGCUCUACAAAAGCAGAAAAAUUAAAUUGGAGGAAGUUAAAAGAAGAGAAGAAGCGGAAACACGAGGAAAAAUUAAUCAGGGAGUUUGAGGAAUCAAAAAAGGCAAAAGUGGAAGAAGUGGAUUAUUCGCCACAAUUCACGAUAUCGAUAGCAGUGCCCGGACAGUUUUUGAAUAAUGCACAAUCCAGCGAGCUGCGGACAUAUAUGGCGGGCCAAAUUGCGCGAGCCGCAACAUUAUAUCGAGUUGACGAAAUUAUUAUUUACGACGAAUCUUGUAGAAUGACGCAAGAGGCAAUUAAUUCGUAUUGGGAUGGCUCGUGGUCGGGCGCCAUCGUUCCCGCUGAGACCAAUUACGAGGGUUGCUUCUAUCUCGCGAAAAUUCUCGAAUACUUGGAAUGCCCGCAAUACUUGCGGCGCGAUUUGUUCCCGAUUCAGAAGCCGUUGAAGUACGCCGGCCUUCUGAAUCCGCUCGACGCUCAACACCAUUUGAAGUCCAAUGAGACGACGUUCCGCUUCCGCGAAGGCGUUGUGCUGAAGAAGAAGUCGAAAGAGGGCCGCGGGCCGAUUUGCAAUAUCGGUCUCGACAAGGAGUUCGAGGUGGAUCGCGAGGUUCCGCUGCCGCCCGGCACCCGUGUGACGGUCGAGAUCAAAAACAGCGGACACGAGUGCAAAUUGUAUCGCGGCUGUCUGAGCAGCGGCGCGUGUGUGACGAAGGCCACCGGCGUCUACUGGGGCUACAGUGUUCGCCUGGUGCCGGGUCUACAGCAAGCGAUCGAUCGCAACAAGUAUGAUGUGAUCGCUGGCGUCUCGCCACGAGGCAAACUCGCCACCGAGUUCGAUGUUUGUGUGUUGAACAAGCCACGGGUCCUUCUCGUGUUCGGCGGUGUCGCCGGCGUCGACGCCGCCGUCGAAUCCGAAGAGCUUGCCGAAUGGAAGCGCGCCGAGGACGCGUUCGACGUCCUCAUCCGCACCACACCACUACCGAACGGCUCGCGAAGCGAACGCGUCGAGGAGAACGUGCUCGCCGUGCUCGCGCAAAUCCAAUGCCGACUGCAAUCGCUGUGCGAGCUCUAG